UAUAGUGACCCAACCGGAUGCAGUCAAGAAAGUCUUCCGGCAGGCCGUCUAAGCCCAACAGCUGUUGUCAUUUCAAUAUUAUUCUGUUUUUCGUUUCGUCGUUUGAAUAACUUCAAGGAAUAGCAAUGAUUAAAGCAAUUUUAAUAUUCAACAACCACGGGAAACCGCGGCUUAUCAGGUUCUACCAGUAUUUUGCCGAGGACAUGCAGCAGCAGAUAAUUCGAGAGACUUUCCAUUUGGUUUCUAAGAGAGAUGACAAUGUCUGCAACUUCCUGGAGGGUGGAAGUCUCAUUGGUGGCUCUGACUACAAGCUGAUUUAUCGGCAUUAUGCGACCCUCUACUUUGUCUUCUGUGUGGACUCGUCUGAAAGUGAGCUUGGCAUUCUGGAUCUGAUCCAGGUGUUUGUGGAAACACUGGAUAAAUGCUUUGAAAACGUUUGUGAACUGGAUCUUAUAUUCCACAUGGACAAGGUCCAUUAUAUCUUGCAGGAGGUGGUGAUGGGAGGCAUGGUGCUCGAGACCAACAUGAAUGAGAUCGUGGCUCAAGUGGAGGUGCAGAACCGCAUGGAGAAGUCAGAGGGAGGUCUGUCAGCGGCCCCUGCCCGCGCCGUCUCCGCUGUCAAGAACAUGAACCUGCCAGAGAUCCCCCGCAACAUCAACAUCGGAGACAUCAAUAUCAAAGUGCCGAGCCUCUCCCCGUUCUGAGCAGCCUCCCAGCUGAGCUCCGCAGGGCCGACGAGCUACUGAUACCUCCAUGUCCUCGUAGUCCUCCUCUGCCCAGCCCUGUUUUAUAAUCGAGAGAAAACAUUUUAGAUGUGCGCUACAGAACCACAGCAGCUUCCACUCAGCUCAGUGCUCGUCGCUCUGCUUAUUCCUACUGAGUUCUUCUGUGCAUAAACUACGGAUGAUUUCAAAGAAACUAAUUGCACAAUAAUGUAAAGUUUGAUAUGCGUUUGCCCCGACACAAACCACGAUACACAGCUCAUCCAAAUCUCUGCUCAACGGUGGUCCUUCCUGUCCAGGGAGAGUGCUUGGACUGAACACAUUCAUCAGAAUAUGAUCCUUCAGUGUCAGAUUGUAAUAUUUACUAUUUUUUUCCUACUGACCAAGGUUAUUGUAUUGUAUCAGCUUGACUCUUGUCAAGCUGUUGUCUCUUUGGCAUUAUGUAUUGUAAAUGACUGUAGUUCUUCCCCUGGGUACAAAAUUCUGCAAUGCAGUACAGCAAAUAGGAAUAAAGAGCUGUAUUUGUAGCCAGGUUUUAAUGGGCUGUCAUAGGAUCUUGCCAACAUCUGUUGAGAAAGUCAACAGAUGAAUGUUGUUGUUUUUUUUUUCUUUUUGGUUUUGGUUUGUACAGUUGUUGUUUGUAAAGCUUGUUUUUGUCUCAUUGUCUGCAUUUAGUGGUCUGAUGGGAUCCUUCUGUUACAUUGGUAGAGUUCUUCAGUGACGUCCUGUCGAGCUUCUCCAGGAAGGAAAUGCGUGUCUUUGUCUUGAGGUUUCUCACCAUGAAAUAAAAUAACUACACAUA